CGAGACAUGGCAGGCCAACGGAAGGGGAGCGCAAUGGCUGGGCAGUGUGUAGAUGAAGAUGGCAAGGUGUCCUGCGCUCUUUACCCUCUCCUCUGCAUGCAGCCUCGUCGAGAACUUUGAACGGAACCUCUGGCGUGGAGGACAACAAACUACUUGAAACACCAUGGAGGCUGACCUUGAACGUAGAAACAACCAGCUCUCAGACCUGAGUGCUAGGUACUCAGAAGCGCAGAGAAAUGCGCAGAAGGCCAUGUCUCUCUUCAAAGAGGCCCAGGAAGAAAACGACGAGCUGAGGUCAAACUUUGAAACUCUCAAGAUUGCAUAUCAGGCCCUGCAGGAUAAGUUGAAUGAAGAGAAGUACGAGCACGAGAGCACAAGGAUCGAACUCUCCAAGAUGGUCAAGGAGAGAGACAUGCAGCAUGCGCAGUGGAAAGCAGAGCUCGACAUCAAGGCGAAGCAGUUCGAAGAGCUGCGCAGUCAGAUCAUUCCCCCUAGGGAGCUCGAUGAGAUCAGGAUGAGGAUGGCGGAGGAGCUGGAGACGCCGAUACGGCAGAGGGCAGACAUGCUAGAGGAAGAGCUCGAGAAGCAGCGCGAGUCUUACUUCCAGCUGAGGAGGCAGCUGGAGAAGCUUAAGUUCGAGAAGGACCAGAUGCAGGCUGAGCACGAGCAGGACAUGCUGGAGGCGACGGAGAAGCAUCGGGCGAUCGAGGCAGAGCUGAACAUCAGGAUCUCAGGGCUGCAGGCAGCUCUGGACGACACGACAGAAGUGCAGGAGAUCAACGUGCUGCAAAGAGAGGUCCAAUCCCUCAAGGUGAAGGAGAAGAAGCUGCUGGGGGAGAUAGCCGACCUGAGGUCAGAGAAGGAGGCGCUGAGGGUGGCCAAGGAGGUAGCGGGGCAGGAGGUCAAGGACAAGAUGGAUCAGAUGGCUACGGAGAGCUCCAAGAAAGACUUCAUGAUGGACGACCUCAGGAGGAAGAUAUCGCACCUGGAACGAGAGUUGGAACAGGAGACAGAGGGGCACAAGCGGACUGAAGCUAAGCUGCUGGAGUGGGAGCGGGAGAACUCCGUCUUGCAGAGGAAGUUGGAUGAGAUGGACUUCAGCAUGAAGUCGAUGCAGAGGAGUUUGUUGAGAGAGAUAGAGGAGGAGCGAAGCUCGUGGAGCAAGGAGAGACAGCAGCUGAAGAUGACCAUCAGCAAGGCCGAAUCGAUGCAGGCAGAGCUCCAGGUCAACAUGAGAGCUUCGCAAGACUACGCGGAUGAGAAUGUGCAAAAGAAAAUUUCUGCUCUGAGAGAAGAAAACAUGAAGAAGAUCGCCAAGAUGGAGGAACAGAUGCGGAGAGAGAGUGAGAAGAGAGAAGCAGAGGUCGAGAACUGGAAGAAUCGCGAGGAAGACCUGCAAAAUCGACUGAACGAAGCAGAAAGCAGCAGGAACAAACUCAUAUUCGAGAUCGAGAACAACAGCAAGCAGGCCAAACAGGUGGAGAGCGACUUGAACGAGAUGCUGCAGAUGAAGAGAGUUCUCGAGAAGGAGAAGGAGGAGCUUACCUGCAAGCUCGAUGAAGUCGUCAAACAGAAGCAGAGCGCGGAAGAAUCUCUGACGAAGGUGACCCGAGACUAUGAGAUUAUCAAGGAUGAGAACAGGAUCUUCGAAGACGCGAACAAUAGACUGAAGAGAGAGAUUGAGAAGUCCCAGCAAAGUUUCGAGAAGGAGCAAGCAGAGACUGAGAAGAAGCUGAAGAAGAUGGAGGAGGAGACGAAGUCCAUCAUUGCGACCUACGAGGACAGCGAGCGGAAGAUGCGAGAGCAGCUGACAGACUUGAAGAAGAAGGCUAAGAAGUUCAGAGGGUUGGCGAGCAAAUUUAAGGAGAAGUUCCGCAGCAAGUUCGCCGUCGCUGUGCAGCAGCUGCAGGCUCAGGAAGCUAUGAUCUCGCGGCUCAGGCAGGAGGCACAGGAGACGGAGGACAAGGGGCAGAAAGAAGUGAUCGAGAUAACUCGGAAGCUCUUUGAAGUCCAGAAGGAGAAGGAGAGGCUUCUCCUCCUCUACCAGGACCAGACAGCGUUACAGGCCGAGCUAGGGGAAACUUUUCAAUCUCAACCAGCUGUGCCCAGCUCGCCCGGAGGAAAGAAACAGCUGGCAGCCCUGCCCAAGUCGUUGAGCUGAGGGGCAUGUAGAGUAUGUAUGAAGUGAUGAGAAUAAACGAAUGUCGAUGAU